AUGCCUGGACGCCGCCAGGAAGCCCCCCCUCCUGACACUCGUGUGUCGCCCGAAGCGCCCGAAGUUAUGAAUGAAUUUACGCCAGCGUGCGGAUUUUGGGCUAUGUCGAGAGGCAGGGCUGACUCAACUCGGGCGUCAUCGGAACAGAGCCGCAGGAUCCGAAGUCCGGCCCUGGAGCACGUUCACGACCGACAAGCCGGCAAGAUUUCGACGGGAUGUGGUGUUCCAACGAGCCUUGGUCCUCCUAAGAGAGGUGUCUCUUCGCCAAGAAUCAUGCUCACCAUGGUUACACUGGCGGUUUAG